CCUCUCUUCACGUGGUAUACUCGAAGGCCACAAGCACGACUACUCUGGCGUUCAAUAGAUCGACUAGGGCAGCUUAAUCCCGCAAUGAACGCUCAACCGGUAUGCCCUAGCCUGACGAGGACGCUCCUCCGAGCUCGACAACGAUCGACACCGUUGUCGUCAUCCCCCUUCUUCACGCACCGCACCAGGGCAUACCAUCGCCCAUCGCAUCGAACCGAUCGAGUGCAGUACUCUUCUACGGGAUUAAGGUUGGUACUCAACAAAAGUUGUGGCUUGAUCGGUCGAGCGGUAUCUGAGGGUACACCGUGGGGGCAAACCGAGAGCUGUAGACGUUAUUCUACCGAUCGCGAUGCGGAUCGAGCUGGACGACCCGAUUCCACCUCGACCGAAAAUGGCGGCAGUCAAGUCAAAUUGGAAAAGACUUAUAACAGAUCCGGCGCAAGUUCAGCUACGCUUGAGGAGCCGGUCGUUCCAGAAACAUUAUCGGACGGCCAACCUUACCUUCCUCCACUACCACACGCGCAGACAAACUACGCUCCCUUCAUCCGUCGACUCCUCUCCCGCUUACCCCAUCCUUCAAAAUCACCUAAUCCCGACCCUGGACUGAAUGAAAAUUCGAGCUCCCAUAAUCACAACCACGACCAUCAGCACGGACCCCACCCACACUUCCGUCCGACGAAGGAUCAGCUGUUAGCAGCCGCGACGUCGUUCUGGCAACGAUUGCGGAUCCGGUGGAAAUGGUUCUCGAUCCGAAGUUGGAGGAGGUUCAAUAUGGACGACUGGACGGCGUUUGGAAGUUGGGUCUUGGUCGGGAACACAAUCUGGAUCAUUAUCGGGACAACCACUUUCGUCUCUGCCCUCUUGGCGACCCUCAACUCGCUCUCCCUCCAGACUCAAGUUGCCAGGCUGUUGUCCGACUACCUGACCCGGAAUACGGGCUUUACUGUCGUAUUCGAGGAAGGCAUGAUCAAGCCUCGAUGGGCUGACGGUCGAUUACGUAUGGGCGGUGUCUUUAUCAGUCGUCGACCGAUCGAGCGGAGCGAGGGAGCAGAGGAUGAAGAAGAAGACGAAGCGGCGUGGAGGGCGAGGAAUAAUUACACGAUGUUCGACUUGAACAUCGAGGAGGUCGAGGUCACGCUUUCGUUGCCAAAGUGGUUUGACGGCAAGGGGCUCGUGAAUGAGGCUAAGGUCAAAGGGGUCAGGGGAGUGAUCGAUCGACGGCACGUCCACUGGGACACUUCGAAACCUCUUGUCCCCGCCGACUUCCGGCAUCCGAGCAAGACGGGCGACUUCGAGCUGGACAAUCUGGAAAUCGAGGAUUUCCUCGUGACCGUCCAUCAGCCCGGCGGUCAAAGGCCCUUCAACGUGUCCAUCUUCAACGCUCAGAUUGGCCCCUUCAGGAAACGGUGGAUGUUCUACGACAUGCUUUCCGCCGUGGGGAUUACUGGGCAGUAUGACAACUGUCUUUUCAGCUUGCAUAAGCCGCAAAAAUUGGGUACGAGCAGUAUAGGGGAAAAGGACGAGCGGAUCAAGCGACUAGCUCGAUUCAGGAUAGACGGUUUGCCCAUCGAACACGCACAAUAUGCGACGGGAUCCAAGGGACCCAUGUCAUGGAUCACCUCUGGCAAGCUGGAUGCCGUACUGGAUAUCAAGUUCCCCCGUCAUCCUGAUGAAGAGGUCGACCUGACGGCAAUUCUCAACCACCUCGGCAAGAACGUUGCAGAAAUUGCUAAAGAGGCCGGGGUCAUCGGUGAUGACAAGCAGACUGCCCAGUCUUCUGUCGACGCCAGAGGGUCUGCGGAAGCGGCUCAAAACGCUCUGGUAGCGAGUCGACAGGCACAGGCAGAGGCCGAUAUCAUUCCUGGUCAACAUCGUCUCGCUCGGCCAGCGUUGCGUGCGCCAGGGACCGAAACGACCUCGACCGGAUCUUGGGAUUGGACCGCUAACAUGCAAAAGGACCUCGAGGAGCGUGAAGUCAUGAUCGACAUCGACCUCCGGUUCCGUGAUAUCAAGGCUGCGGUGCCCCUCUACACUACGGACCUGAGCGUCAGCAACAAUGCAUUCAUUCGACCCAUCGUCGCUUUCAUGAAUGCCAACCGGACUCUUAUCCCGAUUCACUGCAGUGUCAAGGCCCCGCUCUCGGAUUUCGAUGGUGCUUGGACUCUUUUCGAAAGUGGUCUCACAUUAUCGACAUCGCAGCAGAUCCACGCUGCCCUCAUCCACCACGUUUCGUCUGUUCAGGCCAACAAGGAGCGUAUCCGUACCGUCGGCGCCUGGGGCGUUCAGCGAGGAGCUGAAGCUGUCCUCGCCAUGAUUCGAUCCGCUGUCGAUCCUGUCCACGGACAAGCUGCUCUGGCCUCUCCAGCUUGAAGCGUAUCAAGCGCGAGCAUGUAGCUUGCCACCAUAACGACCAAUAACGAGGAAUUGAUACGAGAUA